AUGGAUAGCAUUCCCGUCGGUGUCCCGGUCGAAGAGUUGGCCGCUCAGGCCAACUCCAUUGCUUCCGCCAGUGGCGUCCAAGUCGAAAAGCGUCGUGACGAUGGAUCCACGUACUUUGAAUGCGCUCCCAUGUCGCUUCUUCCCAAUGCAUACCCCAAACAAGCAUUUGCUCAAGCCCAAACAUUGGCGCCUCAUUUCAAUCGUCUCGUCGAUCGCGUCUCGCGAGAUGCCGAUUUUCUCCAACAGACGCUCGGUGGAGGUGUCUCGGAUACCGAUCCCUACACGGCCAAAUUGCUGAAACUCUACCAAGAAAUUUAUUGUGGCCAAGACGACAAUUUUGCCAAGACGGCCGAUUACAUGGGCAUUCAUCGCAGUGAUUACAUGCUGCAUAAAGGAGCCGACGACAAGUAUCACAUCAAACAGGUCGAACUCAAUACCAUUGCGUCCAGUUUUGCUAGUCUCUCCACCAAAGUGGCGGCGCUUCAUCGACACGUGACGUCACGCUUUGAGGCAGAUGUCAAGGAGUUGCUACAAGCGAACAAGGAAAAGGUUGUCGGAACAAAAGGAGGAGACGACGAUGGCGUCCCCAUCAACCCUGCUCUGGAACAGAUUCCCAAGGCCAUGGCGGUGGCAUUUUCACAAUACGUAUCUCGAUUUUCGCCUUCCAACGCCGUCAUUGUAUUUGUGGUCCAAGACGGAGAAACCAACACGGUCGAUCAACGCAUGUUGGAACAUCGUCUCUGGUCGGAUCAUCAAAUCCCCGUCGUGCGAAUGUCCCUCACUCGCGCUCACACCGAAAUCGAACGCAACGAUUCCACCGGUGCCUUGACCAUCACGGCGACGGGACAAGAAGUGGCCAUUCUCUAUUUCCGGGCCGGAUAUGCCCCCACCGACUAUCCCGAUGGCUAUGACGGAGUCGAAUGGCAAGCCCGGGCCAAAUUGGAACAAUCGCGGGCGACCAAAUCUCCUGCCUUGGGAUAUCACUUGGCGGGUACCAAAAAGGUGCAGCAGGAAUUGGCACGUCCCGGUGUGUUGGAGCGCUUCUUUCCCGACGACACGGCAGCCGUGGAAGGACUGCGAGCGGCUUUUGCCGGUCUGUACAGUUUGGGAGAAGAUGCCACCACCGAGGACAAGGCAGCCGUGAAAGAUGUCUUGUUGUCGGGAGCAGAGGGUGGAUACGUCCUCAAACCCCAGCGAGAAGGAGGAGGAUACAACUUUUAUGGAGAACAAUUGGCUGCCAAGUUGAAGGAAAAUGUCAAAGUGACAGGAGAUGAUGUGGAACUGGCACCCGUCCUGGGUGAAUUCAUUUUAAUGGAACGUCUCUUUCCUCCCAUGCAAAGAGCCAUUUUGUUACGCGGUGGCAAGGUGGAGGGAUCGGGAGAUACCAUUUCCGAACUGGGAUGCUUUGCGGCUGUCGUUGCGUCAAAGGAUGGCAACAUCUUGCACAAUGAAUAUGCGGGCUUUUUGCUUCGAACCAAGUUUGCAAACGUCGACGAGGGUGGAGUGGCAUCCGGCUUUGCUACCCUGUCGAGUCCUUAUCUGUGUUAG